AUGUGUUACCAGGCAAUUCAAAGAAUCCAUGAGUGGCGCACAAUAUUUGGUUCAACCGCCAUCAGUGUUUUGAUGGCAUUUUUCGCUUCAGUGCCUCAGUACGACACCCAGGCAGCAUGUGCAGAAUAUGCAGAAUAUCAACUGCAGGAUGCACACUUCAUCUACAAAGAUGCCAACAAUGAUGACCAACCAGGUGCAUUUUUGUUGGAGUACAUUUUGCGUAUUUUUGCUGUGCAUGUGAGUGCAAUUGUUGGGAUGGUGAGGGUGGAUGCACUAGGCAAGAUUGGAGCACCAGGGUAUCAAACUGUACUGGCACUGACUGCUGCAGCCAUGAGUCCCCCCAUUUUUUUUCUGUUGCACUAG